UAGCCACACUGUCGUAACAAGUUGACAAGUCCAAAAGUUCAAGAGAAGUAUUUUUAAUGUUAAUAUUUAUAUUUAAAAACGAAUUAUUAAUUUACUUCAAGUAAGAUAUUAAUUGAAUAUUAAAAAUUCAAAGUAUUUGAUUCCUGGAUCUCUCUGUAAGCUAAUGUAAAAUAUAAUGGCAAUACAUUUUAGAAAAAAUAUUAAUUAAGUGUUUUGAAAAUAGUUUUAGUGGCGAGAAAUUAAAAACAUAAACAAAAUAAACAAACUAGUGUUUUAAAAGUAACAUUUUGAGAUCUUGAAGUACUAUAUUAUGUGCUUAAUACUAGUAACUUAAUACUUUACACACAAUGGACAUAAUAAUUAAAGUAAACAACCAGUCUGUGGGAAGAGACAAAAUAGCCAGGUUAUUGCAAUAUACAAGUCGGCUUGUUUGGCAUCAGCUUGAAUCCAGAAAUGCUAAUAAAUACUCUGUUGACAGAGUGAAAAGUUUAGAAAAUACUCUCAGCUCAUUUAGAAAAGUUCUACGACUGGGAAGGUGUAUAGACAUUUUCUAUACUGCCCUCAACACCAUACAUAUUGAAGAUCCUAUUUUACGUUUUACUCUGACAGCAAGUAAAUUAGCUCAUGCCUUAUACCUUUAUGCGGACCACAUUGUGUGGUUAUCAAAAAGUGGCUUUCUAAAGUCAGAUUCAAACGGCUGGAGUCAAACUGCAAACCGAUUCUGGCUGUUAUCAAUUAUUGCAAACUUAGCAAGAGAUUUCUAUGAAAUAAUGCAUGUUUUAGAUUUCAAAAAAUCUAUGUUCUUAAAACCUUCCGAUUUAAUUAAUGGGUCUGUCAGGAAUUUUGAUUUUAAUUCUAGUUUAAAACACCUUUAUGCAGUUCUCAGUUGUCAUAAAGAUAUAUUUAUUGAUACAGCUAAAAAUUCAUGUGAUUUAUUCAUUCCAUUAACUGCAUUAGGAUAUACAAAAUUGAGUCCAAGUACGGUUGGGGUUUUAGGAGCUCUGUCAUCUCUUGCUGCAUUAGUUACUUUAGUAAAACCUAUCACUAAAUUAGUGCCAGCCUAAGUGAAUCUUAUAGAACAUAAUAUCAGUGUUACCUUCCUAUCAUUAUCAUCACCAUCAUCAUUUUAAUGGUGGUGGUGAACUGUUAUUUGGAAAAAAAUUUGCAGGUUGUGAUAUCUAUAAAUUGUAUGUUACACAAUAAAAUGUGUUUUUUGUUUUUAUGGUACUGGGAUUUUUUAAUUAAUAUUAUUACUUCUAGACAUAAUUGUCUUAUUGUUAUCCUUUAUUAUAAUAAUUAUGAAAUAAUAUCCAAUAUAUGUUUUCCUUGAGGUAAAUUGUAAUAAACACAUCCUUAUGUAUGGUCCCCUACCAGUCUGUGUAGUAAACAUUGAUGAUUUUGUAUUGAUGUAGAUACUGUUUUUUUUUUCAUUAGAAUGUAAAGUUACAUUGCCACAUUAUGUGUAAGAAAUAUAGGUAGUCAAUAAUUAGGCUUAAUUAAAUAUAUUCUUUUGAUGUUUUUAAGAAUUAUUAUGUAACAAAUAUUGGGAAC